AUGAUGAAGAGUAUCAAAAUAUCUUCAACUUUAGACCCCAGAAUUCUUACCAAGAUUCGCUCAAAAUCAUUCAUUCCAACCAUUGGUGCUGUGCCAGGUGAUCCAGGAUGUCAGAGAUGCGAAAAUAAGGGGUUCAUGAUGCCGAGUCGGACGUAUUCUCAUCUUCGCAAGAUCGACGAGUCGCAGGGUGGGAGUGGAAGACGGUUCAUUUUUGCAUUUGAAACCUGCAACACAGAUAUCGAGCCGGUGAGGGACACGAUGACAUUCAUUGACGGAAAAGAGGGUGGCAUUCGUGAGUCGAAUGGUAUUUAG